AUGAAAGCACGACAAACUUCAUCUUCCACCAACAAGCCGCCAUCAUCAGCAACAAGAAACACAUCCAAGUUCACUCCCUCUCCAUCUGACAAUAUCAAAUUUUACAAAAAAGUUCAAGAAUUUGCCUAUGAACCAUCCGAUUAUUUGGAGCAGUGGAUUUAUGAUCACUCAGUGGUUGGAGAUAAACAAUUGCUUUUCCAAAAUCCAACACAUAUAUCACAGAGAGGUGGUCAUUAUCAUGUCAAGUUGGAAAAUGAAACAAUUAUGGAGGAAUAUUUCAAUGCUUGGAAGAAUUCUAUUGAGAAGAAGCAGGAUAUUUUCAUUGAGGAAAUUAGGUCUUUUCAUAAUUUUAAACUCUACUUGGAUUUGGAUUUCAAAUUGAAGGAGAAUGAAACAGUCAACUUGACUAAAUCUCAAUGGUUGAAGGAAAUUUUGGAGUUUACUAAACAAUAUUUUCCAAAUUCAGAUUAUGAAUGUUGCAUAACAUUUUGCCAUGGUACUUAUGCUGGUGAUUCCCAAACACCAGAUUGCAAAUACAAGUCUGGUUACAGGUUGUACUUUCCUCAAAUUAUGGUAGAAUCAAAUGAAAAGUAUCGAUUAUAUCUUGAAGGACUGAUUGAUCAUUUGAAACAAUGUAAUUGCACAUCAUAUACAGGAAAACCUUCAACAUGGAGCAUGGAAGAUAUCAUUGAUACAAAUAGUGUUAAAUACCCAAGAUGCAGAAUGUUUGGAAGUAUCAAGCUGAGAAAUGGAAAGAAACUUGAUAGACAAUAUAAACUAUAUGGAAUUUUCAAUUCUGAUGGAGAAAUGGAUAAGGAGAGAACCAAUGAGUGUAAGAAAAAUGUGGUCAAUGUUCUGAAAAUGACAUCCUUCAUGAAAGUUUAA